GCUCAAAGUGAAAGGAUUAUAGUCACAUGCUUUGAGUAAAUAUACUAGUGUAAAUAUUGAAUAAUGGGGGCGCAUUGAGCACAUAGAGCAUAAAGCACAUUGCGCCUGUCGUUUUCAUCAUUGCGUCAGCCUUUGUUAGGUAGAAAACAGAUUGAAAUCUAAACCGCAAAUAACGCAGAAGAUUUAAUUUCAUACAAGUGGUUAAACUGCCUUGUCUUACCCAUUAUUUUAUUUAAAAUGUAGGCAUAUGUAAAUGUACCACCUACAACACCGAAAAUAACACGGUUUCAGAUAACAUUCAAAUUAAAAUAUCAUGACAUUUUCCCUUAGCCCGUGAUGGUCAUAUGACAGACGUGCAUAUAAUGAUCACGUGAAUUCUCCCACGCGAAGCAGAGACCCAAAUUUAGUCAACAGCACUUGGGUUCAUGGUUACCAUGCACUAUGCCGUCACCAAUCCCUAUCACCCGACUGCUACCAAAGGAUUUUGGGCUGGAGUUUGGCGCAUGCAGCAGCCCACUAUCCAAAACCGUGAGUGGAUCUACGCUGCGUGUGCCCACAAACACGUUUCACGGUAAAAUCGCCCACAGACUGUGGUCGUCUGUGAUCCACUGGCGAGAACUACAGGCUCUGGAGCCCAUCGGCAGCGGUGGAUUCGGGACGGUGUUCAAAGGCACAUACUUCGACGAGACUGUUGCUGUGAAGAAAGUGAGAUGUGUGAAAAACAAACUGGCUUCGAGGCAAAGUUUUUGGGCGGAACUCAAUGCGGCGCACCUGCACCAUCAAAACAUCGUGCGCGUCAUCGCGGCCACCACGUGCACCCCCGAGCACCUCAGCGCUAAAGAUAACAUCGGGACGAUUGUAAUGGAGUUCGCCGGCGCACUUAACCUCCAGCAGGUCAUUUACGGACUCACAGACCCGUUGCCUAUGGACAAGUGCGUGAAAUAUUCAAUGGACAUUGCGUGCGCGCUUCAGCACUUGCACGCGCACGGUAUAGUGCACUUGGAUUUAAAACCUGCCAAUGUUUUAGUAUCAGAACAGGAUGUUUGUAAGCUCGCAGAUUUUGGGUGCUCCUUCAAGCUUUCGAGUAAAAGCGACACCGUGACGCACCUGAGUGAAAUCGGUGGCACGUUUACUCACCGAGCCCCCGAGCUCCUCAAAGGUGAGGAGGUUUCUCCCUGCGUGGACGUUUAUUCGUUUGGCAUCACAAUGUGGCAGCUCCUCACCCGAGAGCCGCCAUAUGAAGGAGACAGACAGUAUAUUCUCUAUGCUGUUGUGGCGUAUAAUCUGCGUCCUUCCAUCACUAAGGAUGUUUUUAUUCAAUCUGCUCUUGGACAGAAGUGUCAGAAACUGAUCACCCUGUGUUGGGACGGCAAUCCCAGCCUCCGACUGACCGCAGAUCAGCUUGUCAGUGAACUUAAUGUUUUAUUGUAAAUUUGCACCACGUGGACCCUUCAGACUCAUAAAAUAUCUUAAUUAGAUUUUUUUGUAAUGUUGUUUUGUAAGUUAAAUUUUGUAACCUUUUUAUUGUUAAGAAAAAAUAAUUUUAAAUAUCGAAAGAACUUUAAUUAAACGUUUUCUUGUGUUUACAGCAGGCCUUUUGUGAUUUGUAGUAUGUCUGAAUAAAUAUAUGAGUUAAUGUUUACUAAUAAAUGUGAGGUGAACACUGAUUUAGGAGAGUUUAGAAAAUUCGUAAAUUCAUUUUACUUUUAUAUUUCUUUAUAAUAAAUGUUUUAAAAGUUAUUUUGUUCCUAGUUAAAGAAUUUGUCCAUGAACAAAUUGUUUGGCAGUUAUGAUGUAAGACUGCUUAUUUUACAUAGAGUGGGUCGCCUAGUGUUGCCAAGUCCGUGGUUUUGACCUACUUUAACACUGUUGCCGUGGGCUGUUUUUCAUGUCCGUGGGUUGAAGCGACCCCAAUGCUUAAUAUAGCCCCUGGAAUGCUAAUUUUACCAAGGGAACCCUUACAAAAAACCUUUAUUUUACCCUCCCAGGAAUGUUAUUUUUAAUGGGGGACUCCCCUCAAAAUGCAACUGUUGCAAAACCUGGCAACCCUGGGGUCGCCUUAUAAUGGCCACCAUUUUGAAAAUUUGAAUUUUAUUCGCUUUAUUUCAGAAACGGCUGUAUUUAACAACUUUGAUCGCAGAAUAAAUGAAGCAUGAUGAAUAGGGUGUAAACAGAGCAUUUCUUUUAUGCUUUUGCGAGAUGCUGCAUGUUUGCGCUAGGCGUCAGCACAACAUAAAAAUAUCCAUAUUCAACUUGAACGGCAGUGAGAAACAAACCUUGUUUGAUUACGAAUAUGAUUACAGCUCUAUACAAAAUAAUUUGCCCAUUUUUAAGUGUCAAAAACUGAUCAGCCUGUUCUGGGACGUCAAUCCCAACAUCCAACCUACCACAGACCAGGUAGUUAAUGACCUUUAUAUUUUAUUUUAAAUUUGCACCACAUGGAUUCUCUAGACCA